UAGGGUUCACCUGAUUGCUCGGAAUCUGACCGUGUGACUUACUGACAGUAAGCCUAUUGAUAUAUAGAGGGACAUUGAAGAGGAAAUGAGUGCCCCAAUUGAUGAGAAUGGAGGAGCUGAAGCUGUUUCCGAGGAUGCACAUAGAGCCAAUCUACAGGAGGAAGUGGAUGGAAACCUCAACCAGGAAAUGGAUACUGUGGAGGCUGUUGAGGCCAGAGAUAAUGGCUUGAAGAGCAGUUAUAAUGGAGGUAAUGGAUAUACUUCCAAUGGAACUCGGGAGGAGGGAAAAGAGGAUGACGCUGAUGAGGAAUGUAAUCUGAAUAAACAAAACAAUGUGGCCACCAUUGAUAAGACAAACGAAGAGUCGAAUUCUCACAGUGAGGUGGACAAAGAAGAGUCAUCUAAAGAUGGCGACAUUGGAGAUCAAGAGGGGUUUGAAAACUCUGAAGAGUAUGAAUCAGGGGAGGAAGGAGGAGAAGAUGAAGAAGAAGAAGAUGAAGAAGAAGAAGAAGAUGAUGAAGAAGAUGAAGAAGAAGAAGAAGAAGAUGAUGAACCACCCAUGUUGAAGUACACAAGGAUCGACCAACUCCCCAAGACAUUCUUCACCAAGGAGCCUGUCUCUUCAGUUCUAAUCCAUGAAGCAUGCUUUGCAUUCGGAACAUCAUCUGGUCUACUUCAUGUUACAGACCAGAACUUCCAAACAAUAGGCACUAUACGAGCUCGAAGAUCUCCGAUUUUAUCAAUUCAUACAGACGGUACACAUGUCAUUGCAGCAUCCAUAGAUGGCACUGUUUUGAUGGCAGCUCUCAACGACUUACACUCGACACUGGCUUUUGACUUGAAAACUGCUGUGUACUCUGUUGUGUUCAACAAGAACUACAAAGAUACAAAAUCGUUCAUAUAUGGAACCAAGUCAGGGAAAGUUGUGAUGAGUACUACGAAUUGGCUGGGUACACGGGCUGAAAGAGUGAUUGCCGAAGAUAGCGGUCCAAUCGUUAAACUUGAGAUGAUCAAGAGCAUAUUGCUUUGGAUAAGUGAUGAUGGGAUGACCUUCUAUGACACAAGGACUGAUAGAAUCAUCACGAGAUUGAAAAAGACAAAUACCGAUACACCAGCAGAACUAUGCUGGCCAAGAGUCUCAUUUCCUGAGAAUGGGUUGGUGCUUGUGGGAUGGUAUAAACAUGUCUGGCUUAUAAAAUGCGAUGAUGGCUCAACGUUGGAAUCCAAUUUUAAGCUAAGCUCUGCUAUGAGUUCUUUCAGCAGACCAGUCGUGGAGCCACAUGUGGCAGUAGAAUCUGAAGUUGACAUAGAUGAGGGCAUAAUCACUGGGAUUGGAAGCUUAAAGGGGGAUCUCGUGGUGCUUACUGUCAACGACUUGAAAGUAUCUGAACCACCAGAACUUCGAAUUAUCAAUUCUGUGACUUUAGAAGAAACGAGCACAGAUGAAGUCAUUUUGAAGGGAUACAAGCAGCUCAUUGCCAAUGAUUUGUUUCUGGGCGAAUUUGCUGGUGCUAAGACUCAAUUCUUCAUUGUCUGUGCUUCUGACGGAAUAGUUGCUGAACAGCUGGAUCUCCAGGGUAGGUUUGACUGGUAUUUACAAAGAUCAAGGUACCUCAGUGCCUGGGAAAUGAGUGAACAUUUGAUCUCAAAGGAAAUGAGGUGUAAUAUUGGAAUCAAGCAAGUUGAAAACUAUCUAGAGGAUGAUAACUGGCAACAAGCAGCGGAGUUUCUGAGUGAAGUCCUGGAAUGCUGCGACCCAGGCUCCUUUGUUAUGGAGAAAUGGGAGCAAUGGUCUUGGAUCUUUAUACACAGCAAGAAGAUUCAGUUCUUAGCUUCAAUUCUACCAAAAUCUGGCAGCAAGAUUCUACCCAAAAGUAUCUAUAAUGAGUGCCUCAAGUACUUUCUCGAUAACGAUGAAGAUCUCUUUUUGCAUUAUACAAUUGAGUGGGUGCCUACAUUAUACGAUUACGUUGAUAUUGAACAAGAUGUGGAGCAAAUCUUGGAAAUAAGCCCUGAUUCACCAGUUAUUCGCAGAGCUCUAGCCAAUGUGUAUAUCCGGACUGAUGAACCUAUCAAGGCAGUACCUCAUCUCAUACACCUCCAAAGUCCACACACGAUUGAGCUUUUAGAGAAACACCACUUAUUAUCCAAGUUUGUCAAUGAAAUCCCUGAGAUCAUCAAAUUUACCAUUGGGGAAGAUGAAUUUCAAAAUGCACCAUUGGAAGUUAUUGGUGAAGAUUUAACACCAAUAGUCGAUCUUCUUGUACAACAGAGGCAUGAAAUUUCACCCGACCGUCUGAUUUCUCUACUUAACAGUAAAGAACUACAGAUUGUCACGUUCUUUUACUUGAAGAGUAUCGCUGUUGUGGAUGCAAUCAUGUCGGAGGUUUAUGAAACGGAGCUGAUGGAGUUAUACGCUGAACUAGUUCCAAACCAACUUCUGGCGUUUUUGAAGAAGGCACAGCAUUAUGACAUUGAUCUUGCUCUGAGUAUUUGCAGUGAGAAGGAGUUGUAUCCCGAGUUGGUGUUUCUACUAGGGAAAGUUGGCCAGACUUCCAAAGCGAUGUACUUGAUCAUUGACAAACUGGACGAUCCAGAUAUGGCAAUUGAAUUUGCUACUACUCAUAAGCACCAGAAACUAUGGGAUAUAUUCUUAGAGCAAGGUAUAUCAAAGCCAAGGUUCAUCAAAGCAAUUCUCCAGAACACAGGAACGCUCUUCGAUGUUAAUAUCUUGAAGAAAAUACCACAGCAUGUUGAAAUCGAAGGACUGAAGGAUUCCCUUGAGCGUAUCAUGCAGGAUAACAGACUAGUGAGGGUAAUGCACGAGGUUAUUCUUUCGAUAAUUGAAGACGAAGGUAAGGAGAAAGCUCAAGUAUUGGACGAUUUGAGAUGGAGAGGGAAGUACAUCGAGCUGGAGAAAUGGUAUAAGGAUAUCAUAGUUCUUUCCAACGGGGAGACAAAGAGUCUGGAUUCAUAAAAUGUAUUGUGCUAUUUACAGGUUAUAAAGUUGACCAGUCAUAAUGAUCAACCGUCAAGAGCAAGGUCUGGGU